CGUGGGACGUGGAGGGUUUGUUGUGUUUCGCCUUUGCCUACGCGUGUUCGAAAGGGAAGGGGAGGAGCAGGGACUCUAGCGGGGCUCCUCAUCGCGGCGGAUUUGGGAGCAGGGGUCGCGCCAAGCCGGCCGGGCAACUGUUGGUCCCUAGCCCGCUGCAGCCAUGGAGGAUGAUGCUCCUGUGAUUUACGGGCUGGAGUUCCAGGCACGAGCUUUAACACCCCAGACCGCAGAAACAGAUGCAAUACGGUUUCUGGUUGGAACACAGUCUCUUAAAUAUGAUAAUCAGAUUCACAUCAUAGAUUUUGAUGAUGAAAAUAACAUCAUAAACAAAAAUGUCCUUCUACAUCAAGUUGGUGAAAUUUGGCACAUAAGUGCCAGUCCAGCAGAUAAAGGUGUACUUGCAACUUGCUACAAUAAAACUUCAGACAGUAAAGUCAUGACAUGUGCGGCUGUUUGGAGGAUGCCGAAGGAAUUGGAAUCAGGCAGUCAUGAAUCCCCUGAUGAUUCAUCAAGCAACGCUCAAACCCUGGAGCUACUCUGUCACCUUGACAACACAGCCCAUGGCAAUAUGGCUGGUGUUGCAUGGGAACCCAUGGGAGAUGGCAAAAAGCUAAUUUCUCUGGCUGAUAAUCAUUUGCUUCUCUGGGAUUUACAAGAAAGUUCAAGCCAGGCUGUGCUGUCGAAUUCAGUUGCUUUGGAAGGGAAAGGGCAGUUAAAGUUUACCUCUGGACGCUGGAGUCCUCACCAUAAUUGCACUCAAGUUGCCACAGCAAAUGACACUGCCAUUCGAGGAUGGGAUAUACGCACGAUGAACCAAAUAUAUUGUAUAGAAAAUGCUCAUGGACAGCUGGUGCGGGACCUAGAUUUUAAUCCCAACAAACAGUACUAUCUGGCCAGUUGCGGAGAUGACUGCAAGGUGAAAUUCUGGGACACCAGAAAUGUCAGUGAGCCAGUGAAGACACUAGAAGAGCAUUCCCACUGGGUUUGGAAUGUCCGUUACAAUCAUUCCCAUGACCAGUUAGUACUGACAGGCAGCAGUGACAGCAGAGUCAUUCUUUCCAACAUGGUAUCCAUUUCUUCUGAACCGUUUGGACACUUGGUAGAUGAUGAUGAUCUUAGUGACCAGGAAGACCAUCAUCAGGAAGACAAGUACUUGUGUUAUCUGAAAUCAGACCAACUAUGAUCAGGUUAACCAUGGUUUAGAGAAACAAGCCAACUUCAAACCACAGUAUAUUUUGGACAAAGUAACUGAUGGUCGUUACUUGAAAAGAAGUAAAAGCUUCCAGGCUCCACUGGAUGAAAAGCAAGGAGAGGGACCAUUUAAGUCUGAAACUUGCCCAGGCUGGUCCCCCUUGCACUUACCAGCUUGUGGGCCUUUAGAUGUUUUGAUCUACAGCUGCUAUGAUUCUUCACCGUUGACUCUGCCUACUAGAAUGUGUGGCAGCUGCAGGAUAAAAUAGCUGGAAGGAGACCAGUUGGCCACCCCUGCUCUGAACUGUGGUUUAGCUUUACGUCCUAACACAGCCAUGGUGUUCGCACAGGUCAGUAGAGCUUUGCCAUCGUCACAUUGUAUUUCGUUGUGUUCUGAGACUGUUAAAUUCUUGUCUGGCAUUCACUGGGUUCUUGAUGGAUCUUGCUGGUUAUACCUUACUUACAGGAAGGUCCUUGCUGUAAUAAAACCUGCAAAGAUGCAAAAAUGAGGAAGAGUAAAAAGCAGUGGUACAAUGUGCAGUCUUACCACCAUCCAGCUGCAUUCUAGUAUCCCAAGUGCAGAUACUCGUUUUUCAUUUAUUAUGCUUUGAUCUCCCCUCCACCCAAGGAGAGCAGGUUGAUGCACAUCUCCUCCCUUUUUACCUUUUUAUUCUCUUAGCAUAUUCUUAGUGAGUUAGCUUUCAUGGCUGUGUAGAGAUUUGCACCUGGAUUUCUUGGGUCAUAUUCUGACGGUAACCAGCACACCCCACUAGUGGAGAUGUAAGGCACAUUUGGCUAAGACUUUGGAAAUGAACACACAGUCUAGCUCAAAUUGGGUUAUUUGUUACAGAUAUCUAGCAUACAGCAUGUCCACUGGAUUCUCUGUGCAAAAUCGGCAUGUACGUAACCUGUUGUCACAACACAUUUCCAUAGUGUCCUGGUCAGUCAAGGGACUCCAUGGCUCCUCAGCUGUUGUUGGAUUAAUAAUGAACAUUGGCCAUGCUGGCUAGAACUGAUGAGGUUUGUAGUGCAAGGCAUCUGGAGGGCCACAAGUUUCCCACUGAUAACAAUGAACAAAUUUGAAAAUAACUAGAUUCAGUCCUUUAAUCUGUUGUCCACUAGAUGCAGGGGACAAAUGUUAUGCCUGUGGGGAAGCCAGUGAGCAUAGUAAAUGGUUCCCAUCCAGAUUCUCUCUCAGGGAGCCAUGUAGGAGAGACAGACACCUUUCACAUCUCCCAGUACUGAUCCGCACUCAUCAGGUGGCUACAACAGCUCUGUCUAUGAGCACCUCUUCAGAAAGGUAGGCAUGCUGAGCAUGUGCCUAGUUUUUGACCUGUUGGGAACCACAGCCUGCCAUUAAAAACAAAGCAAGUUUCUUUUCUUAACAAUAAAUCCGAUUGCUAUGAGCGGCUUUAAUAAACAUCUUAACUAGUUCUCCGCUAUAGUGGGUGCAUAGCUUGUACUGUAGUUUAAGGAAUGCUGGUUGCGCCUCUUUGAUAAUUGCUUUCACUGUGUGCUUGGCCCUGUAGAAGUGAUCCAGAUACGGAAAUGCCUAUUCAGGAAAAUGUGCUUGAUGAGGUCUGUAAGAAGCCCCAUGAGCCUCCGGGCACAGAACUUAGAGGACCUAUGUGCUGUCUUUUGUAAAUAUCUCAAGUGUUACAACACACCAUUAUUUCCGAUAAGCAUUUUCCUCUAGACUGUCUUGCACACCAAGUGAGCACAUUUGAGGAGGAACUUGAUAUUUCCAAUGCCUUCUAAAUCAGUGCUGCUUCAAUCACUUUCUUCCCUUUCCUCUUUUCUAUUCUUUCCUUUUUCUUUUUAAA